ACGUGAGACGUAGAUUGCGUGCGUCGCAGCAGCGACGUGUGGCUGGUCGCGAGGCUUUGGCUGCUUUGCGCUCGCGGCAGACACUGGGCGUGUGCUCGCACCGGACCCUAAAAGGAGCAGCUCGAGGCCACCGGCGCUCACUCGUCAAGUAGGAUGUGAAGCGUAGGCUUGAGUGAAGGUGGAGAGCUCGGUCUGUCUGCCGUUACUGCGUCGAGCGGGACUGUUACAGGGGAAAUCAGGCCUCCUUGUUUUACACACUGGCUUGAGUCUGCCGACGCACGUCACCCGGGACGUCUGUGAGAAGUAGCGGUUCUGGGAUAAAACGACACCACGAUGCCGGGGGGAGACGGCGGGCUGGACGGCGGUGGGGACUCGACUCAGCCCGGGGAAGACGCAGCGGAGCGCGGGGAGAUGCUGGCGCCGAGCGCCCGGGGCGCAGACGCCGUGUCGGUGCUGUGGUCGUUCGGGAAGUGUCUGGGCGCUUUGCUGCCUGUCUACCUGGCCGGAUACUUCGGCUUCAGCAUUAUCGUGGUGGUGCUCGGUCUCAUGGUCUACAUGGGAUGGAGGCAGAGCCGCGAUGGCAAAGAGAGCCGCCUGCAGUCCGCCAUGUAUGUACAGGAGAACGAGCAGGACUUCGCCACCAGCACCUCCGUGUUCAGGAGCAAACGCGAGUUACCGGCGUGGGUAAAUUUUCCAGAUGUGGAGAAGGUUGACUGGCUGAAUAAGAUACUGCAGCAAGCCUGGCCGUUUGUGGGCCAGUACCUAGAGAAGCUCCUAGUUGAGACCAUAGCUCCCUCCAUUCGGGGCUCCAACAACCACUUGCAGACCUUCACCUUCUCAAAAGUCAACCUGGGGUCCAAGCCCCUGCGGGUGGUGGGAGUGAAGGCUUACACAGAACACGACAAGCGGCAGGUGUUGCUCGAUCUCUACAUCAGCUAUGUUGGGGAUGUGGAGAUCAAUGUGGAGGUGAAAAAAUACUUCUGCAAAGCUGGAGUGAAAGGAAUCCAGCUUCAUGGGAAGCUCAGGGUCAUCUUGGAGCCACUCAUUGGAGACAUUCCUCUUGUGGGAGCCAUCACUAUGUUCUUCAUUCGUAGGCCUACACUGGACAUCAAUUGGACGGGACUUACCAAUUUGCUGGACAUCCCAGGCUUGAAUACAAUGUCAGACACUAUGAUAAUGGACGCAAUUGCCUCCUUCCUGGUGUUGCCCAACCGCCUCACAGUCCCCCUGGUUCCUAACCUACAUGUGGCACAGCUGCGAUCUCCUCUCCCACGGGGCAUUGUGCGUAUCCAUCUUCUGGAAGCAGAAAGUCUUGUCUCAAAGGAUAACUACGGACUGAUUACGGGCAAGUCGGACCCUUACGCUGUACUGAGGGUGGGGACUCAAAUCUUCACAUCUCACCACGUGGAGAACAAUCUUAAUCCCCAGUGGAGAGAGAUGUACGAGGUGAUAGUCCAUGAAGUACCUGGUCAGGAGUUGGAGGUGGACGUGUUUGACAAAGACCCCGACCAGGAUGACUUCCUGGGGAGGAUGAAGUUGGAUCUAGGAUUAGUAAAGAAGGCCCGUCUUUUGGAUGAGUGGUUUACGCUGAAGGACACUGCUGCUGGUCGCAUUCACCUAAAGCUGGAGUGGCUUUCUCUGAAGCCCACUGCUGACCAGCUGAAUCAGGUUCUGCAAAGAAAUGCAAGUAUGACCAUUUCCAGUAAAACAGAUCCUCCUUCUUCAGCCAUUUUGGCUAUAUAUUUGGAUCGCGCUCAGGAACUGCCUUUAAAGAAAGGCAACAAGGACCCUAACCCCAUGGUACAGCUGUCAGUACAGGACACCACAAAGGAGAGCAAGACCUGUUAUGGGACCAACAGCCCCCAGUGGGAAGAAGCUUUCACCUUCUUCAUCCAGGACCCUCGCAAACAAGACAUUGACAUUCAGGUGAAAGAUGAUGACCGAUCCCUGUCUCUAGGCAGUUUGUCCAUACCCCUGUCUCGCCUGCUUACCAGUCCUGAGCUAACAAUGGACCAGUGGUUCCAGUUGGACAACUCAGGACCGGCCAGUCGCAUCUACAUCAAUGCAAUACUGAGGGUUUUGUGGUUUGAUGAGAAAGCCCCUCCCAGCUCACCAAGCUCUCCCAACCCAUCGUCCCCACUGCUGAGUAUGGGUGAUGGAGACACCGUGGCAGAGAUUGCUGGUGAGGGGGUCAAUGGGUCCCUUAGCCUGGUCCACUCCCGACCGAAGAAGACUUCGCCUGAUCCCAGCUUUGCCACUGAGGGGGUACUGAGGAUCCACUUGGUAAAAGCGCAGGAUCUGGUUGCCAAAGACAACUUCAUGGGGGGCAUGGUGAAGGGAAAGAGUGACCCCUACGUUAAGACUCGUGUCGGUGGUGUGACCUUCCGGAGCCACGUGGUGAAAGAGAACCUCAAUCCCACCUGGAAUGAGCUCUAUGAGGUUAUCCUGACACAGUUACCAGGACAGGAGGUCCAGGUUGAACUGUUUGAUAAGGACAUUGAUGAAGAUGACUUCCUGGGAAGGGUCAAAAUAAGUCUGAGAGACAUCAUCAGUUCGCAGUACAUAGAUCAGUGGUACGACCUGUGUGAUGUGAAGUCAGGUCGUAUUCAUCUGGUGCUGGAGUGGCUGCCCAGAUUGUCGGACCCCAGCAGGUUAGAGAAGGUGCUGCAGUUCCAGUCCCAGCAGACCUACCAGAACAAAGCGGUUCCUUCUGCAGCAAUGCUGUUCCUGUAUCUGGAGCGUGCUUAUGGCCUGUCUCUGAAGAAAAAUGGAAAGGAACCGAUGGCAGGGGCAGAGGUCUCUCUCAGGGGUGUGUCCUACAGGACCAAGGUGUCUGAUCGUUCUGUUUCUCCUCGGUGGGAUGAAGCUUUCAGCUUUCUGGUUCAUGACCCCAGAGAAGAUAUCCUCACAAUUAAGCUUUCCCACAACUGGGGUAUGGCCCUCGGUAAUCUGGUGCUACCUGUGAAAGCACUUCUUGCAGAACCAGGUCUGGAGCUGGACUGCUGGCUGACCCUUGAUGGAGCCCUCCCAGAGAGUGAAGUUUUGCUAAAAGCAACACUCAAGAUCUUGGACUCCAAGGCAACAGAGUGCAGCAGUAUUCAGUCUGAAGGGGGUGAGGACUCCACUGCAAAUGCUGAGCAUACUGAAUCCAUCAUCCCUAGCAAGGAAGCAGUCGCAGCUGCCAAUCCAGACUUGAGACAAAGACCAGUGUCAACCCCGGGUGUUGCUGACUCAGCAAAAAGUGGGUGGAGCCAGGUGAAGCUGACUCUCCGCUACUCCACAGAGGAAAACAGGCUGGUUGUCAUCGUUCAUGCCUGCAGAUACCUGGAAGCCUGUUCCAAAGAUGGGUCAGACCCUUACGUUUCCUUUAUCCUGCAACCUGACAAAAACAAGACCACUAAGAGAAAGACAAGCAUCAAGAAAAAAGACCUUAAUCCAGAAUACAAUGAAAGGUUUGAUUUUGAACUCUCUCUGGAGGAGGCCAGGCACAGAAAACUGGACUUGGCGGUUAAAAACAGCGUGUCCUUUAUGAGCCGCGAGAGAGAGCUCAUCGGCAAGGUACUGGUAGACCUGGCUGAGGUUGACCUCAAGUCAGGGGUCACACAGUGGUUCAAUUUGUCGGUGGAGAGCAGCUAAUCCUGCAGAUCCUUAGCACAGUAAUAGCUUUACACAAUGAUGCCUUUGUAUUCAUAGUUGCACAGCUGGUUUUUGGAAGUCAGUUUACCAUUUUUCUUAUUUGGUUAAAUGGCAGUGAGCAGGGCCACAAAAAUGAAGACUUUGAGGAGUUUCUGAAUAUUUUAAUAUAUUCAGUAUAGUUUAUACUUUCCGUUUUUAUUUGUGUCAUUUCCAUGUCAUUUUCAUUUGUGAAAUGAAGCUGUGUAGAGUUCUGGAAAACAAGAAUAUAUGAUGCCAUUUAAUUUGAUAUAUUAUUACAUUUAUGGUAAAAUUCCAGGGCAUGCUGAAAUACUAAAGAAUAUACAAACUAAAAAAUUGAGAACUUUCAGAUAUGCACUUCUACAGUAUUUAGUUAUCCUGAAUAGUAACACUGUCUCUGAAACAGGCUGUAAUAGUUGUUUUUUACUGUAACACUUUUGUGCAGCGUGUUUACUGAGAGUUAGUACAGCUUUGUAUUUUAAGGUGAUGAAAAAUUAUACCUUGGCAUAUUCAUCCAGCUUGAGGGAAAAGCCCAAAAUGUGCUGUUCCAGGAUUAUGGAUGUGAAUGGAUUUAAAAGGUUUUCUGUAUCAUCAAAGGUGAUAGAGUGGUGCUGUGCAGUGGCAGUACGUCUCUGCAGCAAAAGUCUGUUCCUUUCACACAGUAUUUUUUAAUGAUUAUUUUAAGUGUUUGGAUUAGAAUGACUUUUACCAUAUUCAGUUAACAUUUUUUUUUACUUGUUCUGUUUUAUCUUUACCAUUUUCAGUAAACAUUUCUUUGUUUUCAGAUUUAUUUUUUUUUGUUGAUGUAUGUAAAAUUUUCUUUGCUGGAUUUAACUGAGGGUAAUUGACAAUCUGUUUUAUGAAGUACAGUUUGCAAUGUGGCCGACAUGAAAGAGUUUUGUUACAUAUAUUGUAAUGAAGUAUUUUCACAUUGUUUUUAAAGCUUCUGAAUGUUUCAUGUUUUGCAUUUCAGAAACCUAUAUUGGUGAAAUGCAGUUUUAAAAAUGCCAACAAUAUUUAGGCUAGUUACAUAUAUAAUGUAUUUUUUUUUUAUUUCAGUCACUGUGCUUUUCAUAUGCCACGUCCACUGUAAGUGGAGAUGAACCUUAAAUAUGAAGGUUUCAAGGCGGCCUUUAAAAUUUGGAUUGGUCAGCACUGCUAAUGCUUAUAUUGUCUUGCAUGGGACCAUGGAUCAGCAGGCCCAGUGGACCAGCCUGAAGCCUCAAUCUGUGCUUGAGCCCAUGUUUACCUGCUGAAUUUCCUUAGUGUAUGAUGAAAAAAUGUUAAUGCCAAGAGCCUUGUUGGUGUGAGCCUGAGUGUACGUGCACACAAGUCUAAACAUUUGCUGUAUGUAGAGACACACGACGACAGGAAGCUGAUAAUAAACACUUCAUUUGCACUUGAGAAGCAUCCAGCUGUGUUUCUUAGUAAGGACAGAAUUAGUGAGUCGUGUUUCAUUUUUUUCCCUUUUUUUUCCCCAUCAAGUGUGUUUGUAUCUAUCCUGUUUUAGA